AUGUAUACCAUCACUUUCGCCGCCAUUGCAAGCUUGGUGCUCGGCACGAGCGCUGCGCCACUCUCCGCUUCACCUAUCGACAUUGGCAGCGGCCGAAUUCAACUGCAACUCUCGAUCGAUCUCGGAGGGGAAGGGGCUGCUGCUAGCGCCAUUGAUGCUCAGCAACUUUUCGCUUUUUCUUCCACUCACUUCGUCAAUGCUGUCCCAGGGGAAGUCGUCAACGGUACUGAGCCGACUGGCGGCCUCGCCGGCGCAUCCGGCACCUUCAACUUCGGCAUCAACAGUGCUUCGAACAUGAUCUGUUAUAAUAUCACUCUACACAACUUCCAAGGCGAAUUCGAUUCUCCCGCAACCACAGCGACACAUAUACACGAGGCCGCGCGCGGUGCUAGUGGACCACCCAGAAUCUCAUUUCCGAAUCCAGAGCCGGUAGAGGGGAACGAAGUGGUCAGGAACAGCGCAGGAUGUAUGAAGGGCCCAUUUACGACAGGUGUUAUGGUUGAAGGUGUGGACUCGGGCGAGGGCUUCCACGUCAGCAUGAUCGAGGCCAACCCGGCGGCUUUUAUGGCGGAUACUCACUCGAGUCUGGCGCUACCCGGUGCGGUAAGGGGGCAGAUGGCAUGA